AUACUCCGAAUAUCUGAUCAUGGCUAAACUUACCUUCGACGAUUACCUCAUCGCCUAUGCUGCUGUGCUAAGCCAGCUUGACGCCACUUUCCUUGUCGUCCAGCGUGGCAACUGGGGGAGAAAAUUUUCUGGGGCGUCCCAAUGCAUGAUUAUUGCAGGAAUCACCAUCAUCUUUCUCAUUAUUCUGUAUUUUAUUCUGAGAAGCAGACCGUAGGGACAAGUCGGGUAUCAGUUGCACUCCGUUUUCAAGAUGAUUACUUCUGCUUCUGCUAUAACGUUGUGUGUCCUGAUCAAUCAGGGUUUCGAAGAGCAUACAAUUGAGAAGCUAUGGGUUUGUGCGUCCGUUUGCAUUUGUGCUUACUGUCUCAUCGAGCUCAUCCGGACAGCCAAGCCAUCGGGUAUGAUUCUGUUUAUGUUUCUGUUGUCUUCUGCCAUCGAUAAGACCGAAGGGCAUCAAUAUUGGAGGAUUGUUUUUAGUGUUCUGUUGGUUGCAACGCUUCUCUCGGUGUCAUUCGGACAGGCCAACCUAAGGAGGGAGGCUGUAACUGCACCAAACCAGAAGUCCUUCUUCAGUCCGUAUCUGCACUCUGGAUUGACCUGCAAAGCCCCGAGGUGGAUCCUCGAGAUAGACACUCCGAUGCUUAAGUCAGCAAUAAUCGGGGCUACCUUUAGAGCGGAGAAACAAGGAGCUUAGGGUUGGUUUCAAUUACCUUUUCGUCAUGGCCCUUGGGGGGUAUUUAUAGGUUUCAAUUAGGAACCCACAUGGCAUGCCAAGCAAGAUAUCCGGGAUCUGAUGUGUAUCUCCAGACGGCAAGAUAUUCGGGAUCUGAUGUGUAUCUCCAAACGAUUAAUUUGGGACCGAGAAUUUGAGAGAUAUUUAGAUGCACGGAUGUCCAUUUAUAAAGGAUCAGAUACAGA